CACUACGCUCGUCGAUGGCUGGCUGGCGUCCUAGCGUCUUGUCUUUUGUAAAACUAGACAGUCUUCGUAUAAAUUACAUGUGGCUAUGAAAAUAUUUAAUUCUUGUUCAAUAUUUGCCAUGAAUCUUAUUAAUUUAAUAACUCUCACCCAUAAAAUUAUUCUUUUCCACAUAUAAGUGCUUUGUUAUAUCUGUAAACAGAAUUUCAAUAUUUGAAGAAGUUCUAUUAUUUUUUAAGUCUAUCAUGUGCCGCGAAUAUAUGAAUUAUUAGUCUUAAAUAGUGAAUGUUUCUAUAGAAUAUAUUUUAAUCAUGGACGGGGUUCAGAUAUGUAGAAUAUGUCUCAUAACAGACGUUAAAAUGUAUGACUUACAGGCUUUCCCAUUUGAUCAUUAUUGUUUGAACAACAUUGGAAUUGAUCUUUCCAGUGUAAUAUUACCUUCAUAUGCAUGUUAUGAGUGUGCUGCUUUGAUAAAGAAGUUUCAUUUCUUUAGAGAAAAAUGUUUAAAAGGCCAAGCUGUCUUGUCAAGUACCCUAAGGGCAACUGGACAGAUUUCAUUGCAGAAUAUUUCACAAAUAGAUAGACGGAAAUUAGAAUUAUCUUCAAAAAUCACUUUGAAUACCAUUAAUGCUAAUGGAAAACAGGAGUAUUGUUAUGUGUUUGAAGAAAAUAUUAAAAAUGAACCCAUUAUUGAUGAAAUCAAUGAUAAUGAUAUCAUUGAUAAUGACAUCAUUGAUAGUGAAAUUAAUGAUAAGGAACAUAUUGAUAAUAAAUAUAAUGUUGAAACAAAAGUUAUUAAAGAGGAGAUUACAUUUGAUGAGAAUUCCAUGACAAAUCUCUAUAGUAGUGAUGAUGAUAACGAACCAUUAUCUUAUCACAAGAGUAAUAAAGAAAAGAAAGAGAAGAAGAAAUCUGAGAAGAAAAGAAGGAAAAAGACAGAGGAAAAAGUAGAUGAUAGUUCAGUCAUAGUAGAAGGUGCAGAGGCUUCCGAAGAUAUAUCUGAAUUGCUGCCAAUAUUAGAAAGUGCUACUCAGAAGAAGAAGCGAGGUCGGCCCAAGAAGGUAGAUAAGGAAGAGCAAAAUACCAACAAAGAGAAGAAACAGCGGCGGACGCAGAAUACAGGUGGUGUUGACCCGGAGGAUAUAGAUCUGGAAGAAUAUGUCACAGUUAUCAACCUUACAAUGGAAGAGCAAAUGGAGGAAGUUCGCAAACGACAACAGUCUUCCAACUACCAGAACGCCCCGUUCCAGUGCAACCUGUGUUACCGCGGCUUCAUCGAGACGCAGGCCUGGAAGCACCACGUCGGCAAACAUGACCCGAGUUCUGGCGACAUCGAGUGUCAGGUGUGCAAGUUCAGGUUCAAAACCAACCGCACGCUGCAGAAGCACGCGUCCAAUCACCAGAAGAAGUACGCGUGCAAAUCUUGCUCCUACGUUUCAAAGACCACAACACAGGCGAAACAACACCAAAGGUGGCAUAAAGGCGUCACGUAUAAAUGCCAGUACUGUGACGAAGUGUCCACCAAAUGGACGUCAUAUUUGAGCCAUGUUCGAAUCAAGCACCCUUCUGAGUUUGUGUGCGAUGUCUGUGGGUACUCUUACGUCAGCAAACUGGGACUCGCCAUGCACCGCACCAUGAUGCACAAGGAUGUGCCCGAAAUGAAAGCGGACGGGGAAUCGAACAAGGGGCCUUACUGUUCGGAGUGCGAUGUGCAUUUCGUGUCGGAAGAAGGCUACAAGCGGCAUCUCGUCACUUCCGUCAAACACAUCACGAGUUCCAAUUUCGAGAACGGGUGUCGCGCGUGCGGCGAAGCGUUCUCAACAGCGGAGGAGCUGCGGCUCCACCACCGGCGGGAGCACGCGCGCAAGCGGCCGCGCAACUACGGCAAGAAGCCCACCGCCAUCAGAUUCCCUACCAAUUGCGAUCACUGUUCAGAAGAAAUCUUGAACGCGCGUCAAUAUUGGGCGCACUUCCGUCGCGCACAUCCCGACAAGAACUACCCCAUACAGAAGGACUACGUUUGCGAUGUGUGCGGCAAAAGCUUCCGGGGUAACGCUUUCCUAGUAUAUCACAAGCGGACCCACCAAGAGGAGCGCACGUUCAAAUGCUCGCAAUGUCCAAAAGCUUUCUUCAACCGAACGAACCUUCUGAUGCAUGAGCGGACGCAUUCUGACGUGAGGCCGUACUCUUGCACCGUCUGCUUCAAAGCCUUCAAGUGCAAAGGAGCAUUGGAUCGCCAUUUUAGGAGUCACACGGGCGUAAAGCCCUACGAAUGCGAAGUUUGCGGCAAAGCGUUCGGCCAAUCCAACAGCAGGAAGCUACACGUGCGUACCGUCCACCUCAAGCAGCCCGCGCCCUACGUGUCCCGCGCGCGCCUCGAGCGCCGCAACAAGGGCCGCGACGUCGCGUCCUUCAUGUGCUGACUGGGGUGUCGCAGGGAUGGCAUCUGAGGCCAGCGGUAUUCAAGUGGUAGCGCUGCUGGCGUGCCACAGGGCUCGCAUAUGAGGCCCGCACUCUUUAUGUACUAGCGCCAGGUACCACACGCGCGGACCUCUCACCUAAAGCAGCCCGCGCCCUUCAUGUGC